GGGGUCGGUCUUGUCGUGCGUGCGUGGCUGCGCGAGCGACUUGACUGCACCCGACCCCCCUCCUCUCAGUGCCCACACACUGCGCGCCGCCGCCGGGUCCUCCUAGUGUUUCGCCGCGAUGUCGCUCCGGCCGAGCGAGCGGGAGCAGAUGCGAAAGGGCAACUACAAGCAGACGGUGGACGCGGAGGAGAGCCGCCACCGCCGCGAGGGCCAGAUGAUGGACAUGCGCAAGGCCAAGUGCGAGGAAAGUCUCCAGAAGAAGCGCCGCGAUGGGUUUCCCGCCUCCGCCGCCGGUAUGCCGCCGAUGGUCCACUCCACCGCGCUCCAGCAGAAGGUGCGGUGCCCCCCUCCCUUGUUCUUCCUGGCCCCGAUCUGAUCCGCUCUCUGCGUUAGGGUAUGGGUGACGUGGUGGCACUCCAUUUGCUGGGUUCGGAUCUGACUUUCUUGGUGACGGGAUGGCUUUCCGGCGAUGGCGCAUGCUGUCCACUCCAACGACCCCUCCGUGCAGCUUGAGGCCACCACACAGUUCAGGAAGCUGCUUUCUAUAGUCCCCCCAAUCGAAGAGGUGAUCAGCACAGGAGUGGUGCCGCGAUUCAUUGAGUUUCUUACACGUGAGGACCAUCCCCAACUCCAGUUUGAGGCUGCAUGGGCACUCACCAACAUUGCAUCAGGCACAUCAGAGAACACUAAGGUGGUCGUUGAGAGUGGUGCUGUGCCCAUCUUUGUCAAGCUACUCAACUCCCUCAAGCGAGGAUGUUCGUGAAUAGGCAUGCACUAAAUUACAAGAGAUGUGUCUUAUUAUGACCCGGGGCAGAUCCAGAAUUUUUCUAUGACCCAAGCCAAAUCUACCAAAUUUUCUUCUUUUUAUUUUAUCUUAACUAUUUUGUACCAUAUUAAAUAGAGACUUAUAUAGAGUUACAUGGAUCAAGCCCUGGGCCACAGAUCGGGUGGCCUGGGGUGUAGAUCCGCCACUGAUUAUGACUAUGGAUGAGACUUUUGUGAUGUAAUUGAUGAGACUAUAGAUUUAAAUAUUGUUAUGUGAUUGUGUGUGA